AUGGCAAAGGAUCAGUUGAAUGUAAAACAUAAUCCUAAAAAGCAUAGCUACGACACAGCAGGUUUACAUGAAGAUGGAAUUGUAUCCACUGCUGUAGAUUGGAUCAUAAUCAAACUAAUUUCAUCUAGCUCUGAGAAUAAUAGUGAAGGAAAGGUAGAAGUAUUGCUAAGUUCUUUGGUCGCUCUCACCACUACUAAUUAA